AUGGAGGGUAAUCAUAGUGGCUUGUCUGGAAGCACACAGCCAUCUGUGGAUGAAGAACAGACUGAUGGACACAUUUAUGAGGUUGCCGUGCAGACCAACUCUACCAACCACAGUUCCCAGUUUGCAGAUGUGGCACUGCUGCAGACCUUCAAGCCUCUCAUCAUCCCCUGUUAUGUGCUCGUGGUGGUGGUGGGGGUCUUUGGGAACUACCUCCUCCUCUAUGUCAUCUGUCAAACCCGCAAGAUGCACAACGUCACCAACUUCUUUAUCGGAAACCUGGCCUUCUCUGACAUGCUUAUGUGCGUGACAUGUGUCCCCUUCACUCUCGCCUAUGCCUUCAACCCUCACGGUUGGGUUUUUGGCUGCUCAAUGUGCUAUCUUGUGUUCCUUAUCCAGCCUGUCACAGUCUAUGUUUCAGUCUUCACGCUCACUGCUAUUGCUGUUGACAGAUAUUAUGCAACAGUGCACCCGCUGAAGAAGCGUACAUCUGUAGCUACCUGUGCCUCUGUCCUCACUGGAAUCUGGCUGCUGUCUUGUGGGCUGGUAGCUCCUGCGGUGACCCACACCUACCAUGUAGAGUUCAAAGAGGAAGGCUUCACCAUCUGCGAGGAGUUCUGGCUGGGUCAAGAGACAGAAAGACGUGCUUAUGCGUACAGCACCCUGCUGGUCACAUAUGUCCUACCACUGUCGGCCGUCUUUGUCUCUUAUCUCUGCAUUACUGUCAAGCUGAAGAAGUGUGUUGCGCCAGGCCACAGGACAAAAGGUCAGACUGGUGCUCAGCAAGCUCGCAAGAGAAAGAUCUUUCGCUUGGUUGCACUUUUGGUGUCCGCCUUUGCAGUGUGCUGGCUUCCGAUUCAUGUGUUCAAUGUGCUGCGAGACAUUGACAUUCAUCUCAUCAACAAACGCUAUUUUUUGCUUAUUCAGCUGCUGUGCCACCUGUGUGCCAUGAGCUCAUCUUGUUGUAACCCUUUCCUCUACGCUUGGCUACAUGACCGCUUCCGCGCCGAGUUGAGGAAGAUGUUCAAGUGCCAUCGUCGCAUUGGAGUGCCUGCAAAUCACUGUGCUGCCAGUGUGGUCCUGUGA